AUGCCACUCGUCCCUCAGCCCCUCACCCAUUCCCUCUCUCCCCAAGUAUCGCUCCCCUUCCAUCUGUCCCCUUCUCUCUCUCUCCACUUCUCACUCUCCCCCUCCCUCUCUCCGUUUCCCUCUCUCCCCUUUCCUCUCACGCCUUCUCUCUCUCACCGUCCCUCUCUCCUCCCACCCUUCUCCCCUUCCCUCUAUCCCCUUCCCUCUCUCCUAUUCGCUCCCUCCCUCUCCCUCUCUCUCAUUCCCGAUCUACUCCCACCCUCUCUCCCCUUCCUUCUCUCCUCCCUUCCUCUCUCCCCUUCCCCCUCUCCUCCUCCCGCCCGCAGCUGUUCUCAGGUCAGCCCAUCCACUGCAUCAGCAGCUCGUUCCUCUACCACCCCUCCACCAACCCAUUUCCUGCCCCAGCUGCCGCACACGCUGACGCCAGCUUGGGUGCUUGUACUCCUCCCACUUCCCCCACACCUCCUCUCCUCGGACUCCCACCCACCACCUCUCUCACCCUGCAUCCCUUCCUGCUCGAAGCUGAGUUGUAUAGGAGCAGGGGUAGGUGAGGAGGGUGUGGGUGUGUUUGAGAUGGUGGGUCGCGACAAGCCACCACCCGACAAGCCCUGCUCUUUCCCACUGCCCUCCCCCGCGCCCGCCCCCGCCACAAAAGCUGCUGCCGCCUCCGCCCUUGCAGUGGGUGCCGCUGCAGUCGGUCGCUGUCGCGUCCGUUAUGGGGUGGCUCAAACGCACGCGCCUGCCUGCUGCUGA